GGCCCCUUUAAGUCCAUGACGCAACCCUACGUUGUCGUGCCUGACAAUAUUAGUUGAUUUCUAUCUGUUUUCUACCUGUUUCUACUUUAUUUCACGUUAUUUCUAUCUAUACUGAACUGAUGGACCUAAGUUAGUCUAUUAAAAUCAUUGGCCUUUUUUGCUGGUACGUGUUACUACGCUGACAUUUGAUAUCUAGGAACAAUCCAGGGGGUAGUCUCAUAUGAUUAAGGAUUAAAUUAAGUAUACGUAUCGAUAUAUUAUAAUAUCUGUACUCCUUACGGAUUUUAUGUAAUUUACAUACUACUGUUAAGGGAUAAAAAGUCAAUUUCUCAUAUACCUCAUGGAUAACAACUUGCCUCGAAUUCUGAUUGGAUUAAUAUUUUAUGCCUUUGGUAUAAAAUGGUGUUAUGAAUAUGCCAAGUAUUGGGUAUCACUGAGACCCAGAGAUAAUUCGCAUGUCACGAAAGGACUAAGACUCAUAGAAAAAUGUCAGAAACUUAUAAGUGGGCAUCCUGUGGAAGGUAGCUUAAAACUGAUAGCUACUGCUGUAGGAUUAGCGGGUACUGUGACCGGUGGUCUGGAAGAAGCGGGAGCCGUUUCUCCCAAAGUUGUGCUUGCUACAAUCUAUUUGUUCUUUGCAUUCUCUGGUCUAGUCGAUGUUCUCAAUUUUUAUUUCCCUCAUAAUGUAAGUGAAGGAUUAGUGAAAUUAGCUCUUGCUCAAAGUUUCUUCAUAGAAGGCUUUCUUUUCUCAUGGGGCAGUAUCGGAAGCAAUGCAUUGGUCGAUAGAAUUUUGACUUUCAUAGUAUGGACAACAUCUAUGGUUAUUAUUUUAGAACUUGUGUGGCCAGAACUGAAACUUUUAAGGGCAUGUAUGACCCUGCUCCAUGGUGGUUGGAUAGCACACGUUGUACGUGUAUACCACACAAUGCCAAUACUUCCAGAAGGUGUUGCUCUCAUAUUUUCUUGGCAUGUCGCUGCUGCUUCAGCAGUAACAUUGUGCAUAGUAGUAGCAACAAGAAGUUGUGCCCCUAAACUCAUAAUAGAAGAGCCACCAGAGAUACCUAUUUAUGAUUAUUGCCAGGAGCCAGACCAGAGAAUGUAGAAUCUCUCAGAUAGAUGUAGUAUAAUUUUGUGCCAAUAUAAAACUUCCAUAAUGUGCGCAAAAGUAAUAUUUUUAGAGUAGUAUACUUGUAGUGCUGUAGCAAUAAUCAAACGAACCAAUUGCAAUAUUGCACACA